AGUGCAAGUCUCGCUGUCACAAACACGAAAAUGGCACCCAACAGGAAUAACAACCUAGCUAACGCAUGUUUCAUUUUACCCAGAUAGUUCACGAGUUAAAAUAUUAUGCGUUUCAGAUCUAAAAAUCAGGUUUUGUAAAGCUCAGUAAGAAUGACACUUAAGAUGUAUUUCUAUUGUGUGGUUUAGGCGUGCAUGUAAAAGUCUGAGCUGCGAACGAAUCCUCAGGAAUGGCGAGAGGGUCCUCGGAUGUGGAGUACAGCGCGGCGGGUGGAGAGGGGCUCGGGAUGCGGGACUUCUGCCUCUAUGUGUGGCUGCGCAGAGCCGCUGUGCUCGCGGCGCACAUCAUCUCACUGGGCCUGGUCAUUCUCACAUCCAUACUGUCCAGACCGGGAACAAGUCUGUUCUCAUGGCAUCCUGUCUGCAUGUCACUUGGGUUUUGUCUGUGUAUGACAGAAGGGAUCCUGCUUUUCUCCGCCGAGGGCAGCCCGUUCUGCUUCAAAUCACGUAAGUGGAAGGUCCGUCUGCACUGGUUCCUCCAGGCUCUGCUGCUGGUGUGUGGAGCUACAGGAUUCGGCUUCAUGGUGGCCAGCAAAAACAUAAAGGAGCAUCCUCACUUCACUUCCUGGCACAGCCUGCUGGGAGUCGCUACGAUGGCUGCUACCAUGCUGCAGGCGAUCUGUGGCGUCUUUCUUCUCUUCCCCAAACUCAUCAGCACUCGCUCGUUUCCUCGGUUGAGACUGUAUCAUGCCACCUGUGGUCUGGUGGCCUACCUGCUGGCCUCCGUCACUGUCAUGUCAGCCAUGUUUACAGACUGGUUUCAAGCAUCGGUGACAGGCACAGUCUGGUAUAUAUUCCUACUCCUCCCACUUUUUCCUGCCUUAGUGGUGAUGAACCAAAUCACUAGUGCCUUCCUGCCCAAAAAGAAGAUUACUAGCUGAAAACUGAAGCCUCGAAUUAGAGCCUAUUUAUCUGGACUAUAGUAGGCUUUAGAAGCAGCCCUACUCUGUGAUGACAUAAAAAACAACACAUUUUGAUAUUUUAAAUGAUGUGCACUCACAUAACAUUUUGGCUCUGCCCCAAAUGGCACACUUUAUGUGUACUUGCAGCCUUGUAAAGGUAGAGAUAGAAAUACUAAUUUCUACAUAAAAUGGUAAACACUAAACCUUCAUCCAGGCCAGUAGGUGUCCGUAUAAAGUCCAAGAGCACUGUUGUAUUUUAAGAGAACAAAUCAGAGCCAGCAAAAAGUCCAGUGGUCUAUCUGAAAUCGCUUACUGUUUGAGUAGGUACUACAUCUUUUGGCGUACUGUUUUUGCAUACUAUAUAGUAGGGAAGUAAUUACGUAUUGGAAAAAAAA